GGCGGCGGGGCGCGGAUGGCGGCGGGGGCCGGCGCGGCGGCCGGGGGCCGCAGCUUCUCCUUCAAGGUGGUGCUGCUCGGGGAGGGCUGCGUGGGCAAAACCUCGCUGGUGCUGCGCUACUGCGAGAACAAGUUCAACGAUAAGCACAUCACCACCCUGCAGGCAUCUUUUCUUACGAAGAAACUAAAUAUUGGUGGAAAAAGAGUAAACCUUGCAAUAUGGGAUACAGCUGGGCAAGAAAGAUUCCAUGCAUUGGGGCCUAUCUACUACAGGGACUCUAAUGGCGCUAUUCUAGUAUAUGAUAUAACAGAUGAAGACUCUUUUCAAAAGGUAAAAAACUGGGUUAAGGAAUUAAGAAAAAUGUUGGGAAAUGAAAUCUGUUUAUGUAUAGUAGGUAACAAAAUAGACUUGGAAAAAGAGAGACAUGUUUCAGUGCAAGAAGCAGAAAUGUAUGCUGAAUCUGUUGGAGCAAAACAUUAUCAUACGUCAGCUAAACAGAACAAAGGAAUUGAAGAACUGUUUCUUGACCUUUGCAAAAGAAUGAUAGAAACUGCUCAAGUGGAUGAAAGAGCAAGAGGCAAUGGCUCCAGUCAGUCAGGAACAGCAAGGCGAGGUGUACAGAUCAUUGAUGAUGAGCCACAAGUACAGAGCAGCGGAGGGUGCUGUUCUUCUGGAUAAUUAUAAAACUGUGCAUCACUGCCCUCUCAAUAUGAAGACUGCCAUAUUCCAAGUCACACAUUCUUUACCAAUGGAGUAAUAGAAUUAACAGUAUUUAAAAAUAAUCACAUGUAACACUGCAGAGACCUUAAGUGCUAAAAUAGUGGCGUCUGUGACCAGAGAAUUGGCGUUUUCUACAGUGGUUAACAAAGCAAUUACCAAUGGCCUUUUUACAUAUUUUUCUUUAAUGAGGAAUAAUAUGCAUGUAGAAAAGACCUACUUAAAGGCUUCAUUUAUAUUCUUUUAAAUCAGAUCAUUAUUUAAUAACUUAUAUACAUUGUUGUUGGAAUGGUAUACGUUUUUGCAGCUCUUUGUACUUUGUGGUAGAUGGAAUUGUAUCACUUCUAAAAUGCAAAUUGAUUUUUUUUUUAAAUUAGCAGAUAUCUGAAUUAAUAUUUUUGCAGGGCCUCUACAAGCCUAUAACUCAACUACUUUGAUAUAUUCUGUUCAUCUGUAUGCCAAGCUGAUAAAAUACAUUGUAAAUUACAUAUUAAAUAUUUUAUCUGCUUUUACAGUUGCAGGUGCAGAAAUAUGUACAUCAGUCUUGUCUGUGAUCGUGAAGUGAAUAAGUCAGUGAAAGAUGCAAGCUUUUCAUGUGCACUGUUAAAUUGCUCAUUCUAGUCCCCUACCUGAAAACAGCUUUGUUUUGGGUACAUCCAUAGCUACAGCAAUUCUUUAAUCCAUUUCUGGCAAGCAGCAGUAUUUAGAGCAUCCCCUUACUGGAAGAGAAUGCUUCUGUAAACUGCUGUUUAACAUUGAGGUGUUUGACUUGCAGCUAAAACAGUUGGUGCAUGCACAUACCUUGCCUCUGCAGUUACUUUGUUCUCUCAGAAGAUCCCCAGAAAGUCAAAGCAACCUUAGCCCUCAUCUGUCUGGUAGCCAGUAAACCAGAUGCAUGGGAAACUCUUUAGCUGCUCUAAUAGAUUUGUUUCCAAAGACAGCAUUAUAAACUAUUCAUGAGCAUAUUUUUCUUCCCUGUAGGGCUUGAGUGAACAAUUAAUUGACAUUAACUAGAACUUCUGAUUUGGAGUGAUUAAAUUGAAGGUGUGAAACUUGCCAGAUGUAGCUGUAACUAAGGGGAUUCUAGGCAGAAUUGAACUUAUUCCUGACUUGCUCUUUCUCUUGUAAAGUGUUUUGAAAAAGCCCAUUUAAGUUUCAGGAGGAGGAUUUUUUGAAAAAAAAAGUGUGAACUACUUUCACAAAAAACCACAAGUGGUGGUAGCUGAAAUUUCAAAAUGUUUUGUGCUCUGACUUUUUUUACUUAAGUUGUCAUGCUUGGAAAAACAGUAAAGGUGAUGUCUAUGACAAAGUAGAAUAUCUUUGGCCUUCCUUUUUCUGAAAGGUAGAUUUAGUAUUGCAUAUGAAUGCACUGAAUGGUGUGGGUAUGUUCUGAUAGACAAAAAAGUAGUAGUAAUGAAUUAGUCUGUGUAAGAAGUGUGCUGUCUUCAAUCUGAUUUUCAUUUUCUCUGAAAUACUAGAGGGCUUUGAUACAGACUGAUCCUCAUGCAUUUUCUCCUUUCCUGCCUUAACUGUAGUGUAGAUACUUUUUCUUAGACCACCAUUGCUGUGCUCUUCUGACGUGUUUGUGUGCAUGAUGGAGAAAGGUGGUCUGUUCCUCGUAGUGAAGAUCAAGUUUCUUGGCUGUGCAGAGCUUUGGUGUGAACCUAAAAUCUGUGAUUAUAUGUGUCAACAUGUAGCAACACUGUUACCUUUCACAUAUCCAACAACAGUGAGCUCUGACAAAGUUGAAAACCAGAUCAGUUUGGUCUAACACUGGUAUCUGACAAUCAGCCUUGUGAUACAAUAUAUGAAGAGUGAAAUUGUCAAGUCUUGAUGUUCAAAAAUGGAAUUGCCUCAGAAUAGGAGUUUGUUUUUUUAUUCAAAUUUAAUUUUUUCCAUCUCUGCAAAUAAAACCCUGAACAGCCCAACUUCAACUAGACAUAGUUGAAGCAGUGUGUAGAAUGUAUCUUUCUGCCUGCAGCUAAGGAGUUUUUUAGUGUAUUGUGUGGUAGGGGCAUCCCAUGUGACUUCUGUCAAUUACAAAACUAAUGAAGGCAUGUUGAUGUUAGCUCUUAAGUCUCUUAUAGAAUUAAAACUAUUACUACUGAAAACUUAGGUGGGGAUAAAGAGGUCUACAAUUUUGCAAUAUUAAAAAGGUUCUGGUUGCUAUUAGUGAAAUAUUUUUAAAAUUCUCAAGUUACUUUUCUUACUUAAGCUACAACAUAAAUAUUCACUGGAAACCUUCCUGUCUAAGCUGUGGUUUGGUUGGACUUGAUUUAUGAAACUUAAAACCUGUGUUUGCAGGGUAUCAUUGUAUAACUGGAUGAAAGUAUAGCUUUGUGAAGUCAGGGAAGCUGGUUGAAGACUAGACAGAAGUUGAAAACAUGAAUUGUUUGGACUCAUUUACAUAGGACUUCAACUAUUCAUUGUUAGCAGACAAAAUACAACAGUUCCAGGAGAAAGCAUCUUUGUCAAAGAUACCAAGAGUGUUCUUUGCACUUGAUAUACAGAAAAGCACAAAUAGCUUGGUUUGCUAUAUUUGAGCAGAAUCUUACUCAAGUAACCUGGUAACUAGUAUGUGAGUUGUUUUUCAAGAGUCUUGAAUCUUGCAUUUGAUCUAGAUUGCCUGGUUUGUACGUCUGAAGGAGAACUGUUUUCUUAUUGCUGAUUUCUGUGGCUGUAAACAAGUAAGCUAUUUUUCAUUCUUCUGAGAAGUGAAAGAGAAGAGGCUGCCUGUCUUUGGGAAGUACCUCUGCUGUGGGGCAGAUAGCCAGACACCCACUAUAGCAUGUGCAAAUCAACACUGAGCACACUUCCUCAGGGUGUAUCUUGACAGAGAUUACUCACAUACAUACUAAAAUAAAAUGUAACUUUGUACAAUACCUUUCUAGAACAACUUUUAAGUGCUUGCUCACAGUCUUGAUGCUGCUACUAUGAAUACAUGAGCUGCCUAUGAAACUUUAUCCCUUGCUGAAAUAAAAUCCAACAAGCCAAAGUCCAA